UUAUCCUCAGAACAGACAGACUGAUCACGUAAAAUAAACAUUACGCAAAAGUAGGUACCAGUGUUUAUUUCUGUUUCCGCCGUUCGAACGGCAGCAUUAUCACAAGGAAAGGUUAUCGGUUAUUCAUUAGUCAUUCGUCGUCGGUUGAUGGAGCGAGCAGCGCAUCACCAGACUGUUUUUGUGCGAGUAUGUGAAAUGAGCUCGAAAUGCGUUUAUUGUUUGUGAUAUUGCUUGGACUGUUUGGUGUGUGCGUGACAUACGACAUGAUCGUUGGGGACACUGUGCACCGCAAGAUGGUGUUUCACCAGAGGGUGAAGGAGUUUGCGAUACCGUUUAAGAAGAGGAUUCGGACUUUAUCCUAUACGGAUCCAGAGAAACGGAUAAUCAAAGGUAUCGCAGCUGUAGACAAUGACUUCUCACAUGCCAGCGCCAAUAUUACGGAAGGAGGAGUAGGCAAGAACUUCGUCACAGUGAGAAUGAAGAGUCAGAGACACCAUCCACUGAACUUUGAAGUUGAAAUAUAUGUGUAGUAUAUGAAGAUAUAACCUCUUCAUUCAAUUAAUUAAACAAACACAAUUGUGGAUGCAGGUGCAUUUUACUCUGGAAGAAACGGGUCUGGGCAAUCGACACUUCAAGUUUUGUGUUUUAUGAGUCUAGGCGGCUGUGAUCGCAGAUUAUCAGGUGAUCCGUCAGCUCGUUUGCAUUCUAUCUAAUAAAAAACCAGUAUCAGUCUUCAUAUGAAAUGACAUGUCGUGUACCUCGUCCAGGACCCAGGCAAGACGUGAAUUAUCCUUAAAAUAAAUGAAUUCUGUAUGUAAAGAAGAUGAAAAAUAUAUGUCGAAGAUGGAGAUGUGGGGAGAUGUCAGACGAGAAAAAAUAUUAUUAGAAGAAUGUUUCAGUUAAAAAAGUAUGAAGACCUAUCAUUCUAGUCUCUAUAUUACAACCUUUGAUAGGGUACCAAAAAGGGCACAAUAGUUAGUAAGCUGCCAAGGUAUUGCGUUGACUUGACAAUGAAUUGUUAUAAAAACUUUGACGCACUAACUCACGGUCGUGUGCGCUGAGGCCAUCGAAUAAUAAUUGCAUAAUAUUACCUACUAUUUAAUUGUUUUUUGGUUCGUGUAGAUAAUUUUUAAUACUUAUUCUAUGUUUAUUUGUUUAAAAUAAAGUCCCAUUUAUACAUAAUCAAAAAUUCCAUGAUUAUUUAAUUAACCAUAUUUAUUCUUAAUGUGUAUUUUAAUAAAAACACCUAAUGGCAUGUACCUAACAUAAAAUACACAAUAGUAUUGAUGUCACGAAGUUAUCAUCGUCAUAAAAAUAGUAGAUACCUGCGGAAUCCUAUAACUCUUUGUCCUAAAGAAUAUGAAACAUAAAUAACUAAAAUAUCAAACAUAAACUUAUAUAGGUAUAUCUAAAAAUUAUAAGCAAUAUUUAUGUUAAUAAUUAAACUAAUUUACGUAGGUAUUUAGAUUAACAUCGGCCAACCAUUUGGCCAAUUUUUCUUAUGUAGGUACUAUAUUAUUCAUAGGGAUCAUAAUACAACUUAUACACGAUAGGAACAGAACCAAGAAUUAAAUUAUAAUUAUUUAGUUUCAGAAUCAGGUCCCAAUUAACAAAUACUAAAACUAAUAUGUUAAUUGGAAAUGUAAACAAAUAAGGUUAAUCUACAUAUGUAUGGUAUUCAGCAUACAGUACUGAUCUAAUAUUAUAUAAUAUUAAGGAGAAGAAUCUCUUAUUGUUAAGUUUAUGUAAGGUUGUUCAUGUUCAAUAUUACAAUAAGGCAUUGUACUGGGAAGUGAAUAAACAUAUCUCUGAUACAUUCAC